UAAUUGUAAUGGUAAUGGUAAUGGUAAUGGUAAUGGUAAUGGUAAUUAUAAUAAUGGUAAUGGUAAUGGAUGAUAUUGGUAUCAAUUUUGAUAUUGAUGUUAGUAUUGGUAAUGGUAAUGGUAAUGCGAAUGAUAUUGGUAUUGGUGAUGGUAAUGGUAAUGGUAACAGUAAUGAUAACAAUAAUUGUCAUGGUAAUGGUCAUGAUCAUGGUAAUGGUAAAGAUAAUGAUAUUGAUAAUGGUAUCGAUAUUGGUAUAUGUAUUGGUUUUGAUAUUAGUAUUUGUACUGAUAUUGGUAUUGAUAUUGGUAAUAGUAUUGGAAUUGGUAAUUGUAUUGAUAUUGGUAUUGGUCUCGUCUGCAUACUCAAUUUUCAUCAAUUUCUCAAAGCAGAAAAGCUCGAUGUAUACAUCGUACAUGUAGAUCCUUCACAUUCCGACGAUCUCGACACGUUUUACGAUUCAUUCUUGCCGACGAUUACCAAUGUAGCUGCCGGCUCAACCAAUAGUACUACCAACCGGCCCAGAAUAUUGCACCGCUACCGCCACGUGUUUUCCGGUUUUUCCGCCAAAUUAUCCGCAGCCGAUGUCGAAGCAAUGCGGCUUAAGAAGGGUUUCGUCUCGGCCCGGCCCGAAAGGGUGUUGCGUCUGCUCACCACGCAUUCUCCCAGUUUCUUGGGGUUGAACCAAAACACGGGCUUAUGGAAAAAAUCGAACUACGGCAAGGGCAUCAUCAUCGGCAUGGUGGAUAUCGGAGUCGAGCCCAGCCACCCGUCCUUCGCCGACGCAGGGAUGCCGCCGCCGCCUGCGAAAUGGAAGGGCGAGUGUCAGUUCCGCGCCGGCAAGGGGGCAUGCAACAAUAAGCUGAUCGGAGCUAGAUUCCUCGUCCCUGAAAUUUCGCCACUGACCGAUAAAGAAGGCCACGGCACACACACCUCCAGCACAGCCGCCGGGAACUUCGUCGCGGGCGCCGGAUUCUUCGGCAACGCCAACGGCACCGCCUCCGGAAUCGCGCCGCUAGCUCACCUGGCGGUGUACCAAGCGUGCGACAACAAGACCGGCUGCCCCGAGAGUGCUAUCGGCGCCGCCAUCGAUGCCGCCAUCGACGACGGCGUCGACAUACUCUCGAUGUCCCUCGGAGCGGAGGUUCACCCCCACUUCGCCAACGAUGUUCUCGCGGUCGGCACUUACAGGGCCAUGGAGAGGGGCAUUAUCGUCAGCGCAGCCGCAGGUAAUGCCGGCGCGUUCGGUAGUGUGACUAACGAGGCACCGUGGAUUAUGACAGUCGGAGCCAGCACCACCGACCGGAGAAUAACCGUCACUGCGGUUCUCGGAAACGGCGAGCAAAUAGAUGGAGAAACUGGCAAGGGUUUCCCCUCUAUCGAAAAGUUGGACCUUGUUUACCCUCGACCACGUCGCGGCGGAAAGGCAGCUUGUCGUGGCCAGUUGGACCCCAAUAUUAGAGGAAAGAUAGUUGUGUGCCAAAAUAAUAUUCUAGUCGACGGAAUCGGGUCCGGAAUAGCGGUAAAAGCUUAUGGUGGGGCCGCUGUGAUUAUAUGGAACUCCGAAUAUCAAGGUGACACCACUUUCGAUGAUCUGCACGUUCUUCCAGCAAUGCAAGUCGGUUACGCAGAUGGCCUCAAGAUAAUUGAAUAUUUGGAUUCGACUCCAAAUGCCACGGCCGCAAUGUUGUUUAAAGGAGCUGUUAUAGGUAACAAUCAGGCUCCAGUUGUGGCUGAGUUUUCCUCAAGGGGUCCUAGUCAGGUCACUCCGGGUAUUUUGAAGCCGGAUAUUAUUGGUCCUGGAGUUAACAUUCUUGCAGCUUGGCCCGUUUCUCUCGAAAACCAAACCAACACAAAGUCCACAUUCAACAUAAUCUCGGGUACAUCAAUGUCGUGCCCGCAUCUUAGUGGGGUCGCAGCAUUGCUCAAAAGCGCGCAUCCUGAUUGGUCGCCUGCAGCCAUCAAGUCAGCAAUCAUGACCACUGCGGAUCAAGUGAACAUCAAAGGCAAUCCGAUCGAGGAUGAACAAUUGCAUACCGCCGAUGUCUUUUCUAUUGGUUCGGGCCAUGUUAAUCCUACACGGGCAAAUGAUCCGGGCUUGGUUUAUGAUAUCUCGCCAGACGAUUAUAUCCCUUAUUUGUGUGGCUUGAACUACACGAACCAAGAAGUCGGCAUCAUUGUUGGGCGUAAGGUGGAUUGCGCGAAAGUUAGAAGCAUUCCCGAGGCUCAAUUGAAUUAUCCCUCGUUUUCGAUUGUACUAACGGGACCGACUAAUCAAUUUUUCACGACUACGAGAACAUUAACAAACGUCGGUAAGCCUAAUUCAUCGUAUCACGUUGAGAUUGGUUCGACGGCUGACGGUGUUUUCGUGGAAGUGAAACCUCAGGAACUCUUCUUUCAAAAGUUGGGCGAUAAACUGAGCUACAAUGUAACGUUCACCGUAUUAAGAAGUACCAGAAAGGUGACGAAUACUACUACUCAAACUCAAGGAUUUAUUACGUGGACUUCUGCGGACUACUCUGUUAGAAGUCCCAUAGCAUUUGUAAUUUAA